AUGGCAGAUCUGCUGCCGAUCGAGGCUGCGCGCGUGCGCUUCCUGCACCUGAUCAUCGACCACUUCGUGACGUACCACAUCGUUCCCAUCUCCGAGGAGUCGCAGCUCGCAGCCUCGCACUCCCCAGGGGAGAGGAGGAAGCGCCGGGCCAGAGAGAUGGAGGACGGGCAGCCGCCAGUGGAGCAGCAGGUGAUCCGGCCGUCAUACGAGGGGGAUCCGCGGCACCUGCUGCCGCUCAUCUUCCUGGCGAACGCGUACGAGACGCUGGUGGGCGAGGUGAACCAGCGCAUGGCGGAGAUGGACGUGCUGCGCGGCAAGACCAUGGGGCUCGCUCUGGAAGCUGCGGGGGGGCUGUACCGCCGCAUGGUCGAGAAAUUCCCCAAGUCCGGAGCCGUGACCAUAUUCAGGAGAAGGGAGAUGGCAUCUGCUUUGGAGGCCAGGGCGCGCUUCCCGCAGCUGGUGCUUGGGAGGGACGACAAGCGCGUGCGGUUCAUUGUGGUGCAUGGGCUGGAGCUGGUGGAGAGACCCUCCACCAUGUCACCUGACGAUGCUGAGUGGUUCAAGCGCAUAACCGGGCGGCAUGAGGUGGCGAUAUACCCGCGGGAUUUCAAGUACUUCACGCCGCGGCCCAAACCCCGGAGGGUGCCUCAGCCGUCCGUGUCAGCUGUGACUGUGGCGAACCCAGCUGAACUUGCUGCUCCCAUGCACCACAUGGCAAUGGUGAUGGCGGACUCUUCCCAGCAUCACCCAUUCGACACAUCCAUGCAGCAGCAGCUGCAGCAGGCAAUGUUCAUGACUCUAAUCUAUGCUUCGGCCCCCCCACGGGCACCCACAGCAGGGGGGGAUGCCUGGGCACCAGCAGAUGGGGCCGGGAGGGGGAAUGCCUCUGGGCCAUCUUCCCCAGGGGCCUGGUGGUCCCUUGGGGCACAUGCAGGGGGGGGAGGGGCAGCAGUGUAUGGGGCCGGGGCAUGUGCCGCCGCACUUGCCGAGGGGGUUGCUGCCUUCUGGGUCGCAUCACCUGGCCAUGGUUCUCACCCCGGUAAGUGCAUCACCAAGUUAUGCUUCGCACCGGAGUAA